ACUCAACUCAACUCAACUCAACUCAACUCCCAUUGAUUCUCUUCUACUCAAAUGUCUUUUUCGUUCCCUUCAUAAUCAUAAUAAUAUGUUUUCUUUUUAGGCAAAGAAAAGAAAGAUAACCAAAAAACAAUCCAAUCAAAUCAAAUCAAAUCAACAAAUCAAACUCGUAUCGUAUAUUCUGAUUAAGAGAAUCUCCCUCCAAUCCAAUUUUUCUAAAUUCUUGGAAGAUUGGGUAACAAUGGGGACUCAAACUGUUGAGAUCUCAGAGCCAUUGAUUGUUGAACAAGAAGCUGAGGAGAAGGUCAGGAACGAUGAUGACUUGGAAAGUAUUCCAGAAUGGAAAGACCAGAUCACUUUCAGGGGAUUGGCUGCGAGCGCUGUGUUGGGUGGACUCUUCUGUAUCAUCACCCACAAGCUCAAUCUCACUGUCGGCAUCAUUCCCUCCCUCAAUGUUGGCGCCGGAUUGCUAGGGUUCUUCUUUGUCAAGUCAUGGACUUCCUUUUUGUCCAAAUUAGGGUUUUCGGUUCAACCCUUUACCAGACAAGAGAACACUGUUAUUCAGACCUGCGUCGUCGCCUGCUAUGGCCUCGCCUUCAGUGGGGGAUUCGGUUCAUAUUUGAUUGCAAUGGAUGAUAGAACAUACAAACUGAUUGGUGUGGAUUACCCUGGUAAUCGGGCGGAGGAUGUAAAGGACCCUGGCUUAUGGUGGAUGAUUGGUUUUUUAUUUGUUGUCAGUUUUCUUGGGCUAUUUAGUCUUGUUCCACUUCGCAAGGUUAUGGUCUUGGAUUAUAAGCUUACAUACCCCAGUGGAACAGCGACAGCAAUGUUGAUAAACAGCUUCCACACAAAUACUGGAGCUGAGCUUGCAGGGAAACAAGUAAAAUGUCUUGGGAAGUAUUUGAGCAUAAGUUUGUGCUGGAGCUGCUUUAAAUGGUUUUUCAGUGGUAUUGGGGAUUCUUGUGGAUUUGAUAAUUUUCCAACCCUUGGAUUGACUCUAUUUAAGAACACGUUUUAUUUUGACUUUAGUCCAACUUAUGUUGGAUGUGGUCUUAUCUGCCCUCACAUAGUCAACUGUUCGGUUCUUUUUGGUGCAAUCAUAUCAUGGGGCGUUCUCUGGCCCUACAUAUCCCAACAUGCAGGGGAUUGGUAUCCAGCUGAUCUUGAUAGCAAUGAUUUUAAAGGUCUUUAUGGGUACAAGGUUUUCAUAUCCAUCUCCCUUAUCCUUGGUGAUGGCCUUUACAAUUUGAUCAAGAUAAUAGCACUAACUGUUAGGGAAAUGUGCAACAGCACCGAACAGAAGAAUCUUCCUAUCAUGAAUGAAGUCUCAGGCAAGGAUUAUAAGGUUCCAUAUGAUGGUGAGAGUUCUAAAUUACUAAUGGAGAAAAGAAAACAAGACGAGGUAUUUUUGAAAGACAGUAUACCAUCCUGGUUUGCUGUUUCUGGAUAUGUGGGCCUGGCUGCAGUAUCUACAGCUACACUACCGACCAUCUUCCCACCCCUCAAGUGGUACCUAGUGCUCUGCUCUUAUAUUUUUGCCCCUGCGCUUGCCUUCUGCAACUCCUAUGGCACUGGACUCACAGACUGGAGUUUGGCAUCCACUUACGGAAAGAUUGGUCUUUUUACAAUUGCUUCAUUGGUUGGACGUGAUGGUGGGGUAAUAGCUGGUUUAGCGGCAUGUGGGGUUAUGAUGUCCAUUGUCUCAACUGCAGCUGAUCUCAUGCAAGAUUUCAAGACAGGCUAUCUUACUUUCUCAUCGGCUAAGUCUAUGUUUGUGAGCCAGGUAAUUGGAACAGCCAUGGGAUGUGUACUUGCUCCGCUCACAUUUUGGUUGUUUUGGACUGCUUUUGACGUUGGGUCGCCUGAUGGUCCAUACAAAGCACCAUAUGCUGUUAUAUUUAGAGAAAUGGCCAUUCUGGGAAUUGAGGGCUUCUCUGAGCUUCCCAAGCAUUGCCUAGCAUUAUGUUGUGUGUUCUUUGUAUUAGCUCUGGUUCUAAACCUUCUGAGGGAUGUGACUCCGGCAAGGGUUUCACAAUUUAUUCCCAUUCCAAUGGCAAUGGCGGUACCAUUUUAUAUUGGAGCUUAUUUUGCAAUUGAUAUGUUUGUUGGGACGGUGAUAUUGUAUGUCUGGGAGCGAAUGAAUAGGAAGGAUGCAGAAGAUUAUGCAGGGGCAGUUGCUUCAGGUUUGAUAUGUGGUGAUGGGAUUUGGACUAUACCAUCAGCAGUACUCUCCAUUUUCAGGAUCAAUCCACCUAUCUGCAUGUGCUUUAGGCCUGCUGUGAAUUAGCUGAGCAAGUAAGUUGUACAGCUCUAUAAUUAUCUGUUCUUAUUGUUGUUGGCACAUGUAAAUGUCUCUUGUGAAUUAUUAUGCAUCCAUGACUGUUACCUGUUUCGUUACAUCUUAAAAAACAAAAAAUUGAAUGAAUGAUUGAUUGAUGAGAAAAAUCUUUAAUUUUCUUAA